AUGAGAUUGCUGUGCGUUGUCAGUAGUGUUCUAUCUCUCGCACUUUCAGCCCAGGGUGCCCGUCGUUGUACCUCGUCCGACCCCUGUUGGCCUUCGCCUUCUACUUGGUCUUCGUUCAACUCUUCGAUCGGCGGUCGUCUGGUUGCGCCUCGGCCUCCUGCCUGGCCCUGCCACGACCCGCAUUACGACGAGGCAGCAUGCGCCGAGGCUCGCCAAAACUGGGCCAACUCGUUCUGGCGGUCCAACCAGACUGGAGCGAUGCAGUCUCUAGUCUGGGACAGCCCCCAGUGCGGAAUCGAUACGCCUCGGAAUGUAACAUGUCCGCAGGGCUUGGUUCCGGCUUAUGCUGUUGCGGCUGAAAGUGCAGAUGACGUGAGCAAAGCGGUCGAGUUUGCGCAAAAGUACAAGUUAAAACUUGUGGUAAAGAACACUGGCCAUGAUUUUCUUGGAAGGUCUAGCGGUGCUGGUGCAUUUGGUGUAUGGACACAUAAAUUAGGCGGAAUAAACUUUACCGAUUCUUUCGUUGCUGAAGGAUGCUCCGGAGACCAAGGCGUUCCGGCCGUUACUAUUGGAGCAGCCACUCAGUGGUUUGAUGUAUACAAGGCGGCUGACGAACACAAUGUCACCGUCGUUGGAGGCGCUGCUCGUAGUGUUGGGGCAGCAGGUGGAUGGCUUCAGGGUGGAGGCCAUAGUCCACUGGGUGUUAAAUACGGAAUGGGGGUCGAUAACGUACUUCAGUUCGAGGUCGUCACUGCAAACGGAAAGUUGGUGAUAGCCAACAAGUGCAAGAAUACCGAGCUGUUUUGGGCUAUGCGAGGUGGCGGUGGCGGAACCUGGGGGAUUGCGCUCAAAGUGACAUAUAAAACUCAUCCGCCUAUUAGCAUGGUCUCUCUUGGUUUCCAAAUAAAUGCGACGGACCUGCAAUCAGCAACUGACCUCGCAGGUGUGAUAGUCAAAAAUAUCCCGAGCAUGGCCGAUUCCGGGGUGCGUGGGUACAUAAUCUGGUCUCCGCCUUUUUCUUGCUUUGGCGUCGUCUUUCAGCCGGGUGGAUCCGAUUUGCAGACUGUAAACAAUACACUUCAGCCGGCUUGGGACUGGACGGCGCAACACCCGGGCACACAGGUGGCUAGCUUUGGGAACGUCUAUCCUACUUUCUUUGGUUACGCUUCUAACUACAUCAACGACAUUGGGAUUGCGACUAACGUCUGGAUGGGGAGUCGGCUUGUCCCUCGCAAGACCCUGGAGAGCAAGUCUGAUCAAUUAUCAAAGUUCGCUUUCAACGAUGGUGCUCCACUCAUAGGGUCGAUUGCUAUCGUCGUUGGUGGGGGUGCCGUAAAUCAUCCUGAUCCCGGUUCAACUGGGUUAAAUCCCGCUUGGAGAAAAGAUGCGAUCGUGAGCUGGUCGCUCGGAGGUACUUGGCCAGAGUCUGCUUCGGAAGAGUUAAUCGAACAAGCAAAGAAAAACGUGACAAAACUAACUCAAGACUUGGGAGAAUUAGCCAACCUAGACCACGCGAGCUACUUCAACGAAGCUGACCCUGCUGAACCUCAAUGGAAAUGGGCAUUCUUUGGAUCGCACUAUUCUCGGCUCCUCAAGAUCAAGCAAAAAGUUGACCCGAACGGACUGUUUACUUGCAACCGAUGUGUUGGUUCCUCAUAG